GCUAAUCUUCUCAAUUACCAAACAACUCAGAACUUUUCCUCAUCUCCUCACAUAUAGUAGCUGAGUCGUUAGUUUCAACAUUUUUACUGCUUAACUCAUUUUCUUUGAUAUUGCCUGACUAUCACUCUCUUCUGAAUUCUAAUGAAUUCGAGUUUGAGGGAUGCUGCUCGUCAAGGAAGCAUCGAUGCCUUAUACGCAUCGAUACAAAGUGAUCCAGAGGUUUUGGAUAGGAUCGACAAGAUUCCAUUUGUUGAGACUCCUUUACACAUAGCUGCAUUUGCAGGGCACACCCAGUUUGCCAUGGAGAUCAUGAUGUUAAAGCCCUCAUUUGCUAGGAAGCUUAACCAAGAUGGUUUUACUCCCUUGCACCUUGCUUUGCAAAAGCUCCGUGCACUUGAAAAUGACCAAGCUAUGCAAAAAAAGAAGCAAACCCAAUUGGUAUGCCGACUAGUUUCUGUUGAUAAAGACCUUAUCCGGGUCCAAGGAAGGGAGGGUGUGACUCCUUUGCAUUACGUUGCUCAAAUAGGAAAUCUGGAUCUUUUGACCAAAUUUCUAAAAGUUUGUCCAACGUCUAUAGAAGAUGUAACAAUUCGAGGAGAGAAUGUACUGCAUAUAGCCCUGAAGAAUAACAUGCCCAAGCUCAAAGCUUUUUCGUACCUGUUACAAUUGGUUCUCAGGGCUUAUUCUAAAGAUGCCAAAUUGUUAGAGGAGAAACUGCUGAAUUACACGGAUGAUGAAGGCAACACUCUGUCUCUGUUGGAAGUUGCAGUAUCCAGAAUUAAUCAACAGGAGGCCAAUAGUGAUGAGGUAAUGCGGUGGAUACUGGGUCAUGAACCAAUAGUGUUGAGGUUACUCAUGAAUAUGCGAUCAGAUCAAAGAAAGAAUUUGGAAAGCCAAACGUCAAGACUACGGGGGGACAACCCACGGAUCAAAGAUAUUCUCGGACCACGACGUAAAUAUCACUUCGGAACUUCUUCAGUUUUGGUGGACCACAUUUACGUAAAAUUUCGCCGUCUGCAAACACUUAUAACGGAGGAGAGGCGGAAUGCGCUGUUGGUUGUUGCUACACUGCUAAUAACGGUCACCUACCCAGUAGCACUCAGCCCUGAUCAACCCAAUGAGUUAAACUGCACAGUCCUGAAUCCGUUCAACGGUACCGGUGCCAAUCACUUCAACUGCACAGCCCGGUUCAACCCUAGCAGUGAAGCUAAUCCAUCUCGAGACCAAUAUUCCAGUAUCAUUUACUGUUUAAGUACUGCCGUCUUUUUCCUAACAAACAUUACACUUUUCUUCCUCGUCCCUUCUGAUUUUCUUGGAUGGUUGCUCACCCUACUCGUUGGACUCCUCUUUCUUUGCUAUUGCCUUUCAACUCCAUUAUUAUCCAAUGCUCGUAUUAUAGCCUGGUUUGGCUUCUAUGGUGAGUUCUUGGUGAUGUAUCUUGUUUCAGUUACCGUCCUCCACAAUUAUUUGGUCAAACUUCACAAUUAUUAGGAGAAGAAUUUUGAAUUCAGGCAGGUGAUCGUGAUAUACUUUUUAUGAGACUCACUUGAUUAAAUAAAAAUUGAGCUGUCCAACCACUUAUUCAGCCAGGUGGGUCUCAUAAAUAGUCUCUCACAAUCACCUACCCGAAUUCUCUCAAAUUCGAACAAAUAAUUGUAAAGAAUCUUCAUCCGAUUUUCGCACCUAGUAAUUAAUAAUUCAUUGCUACCUUUUUAUAUAACUUUUCACCACUUUACCUAUGUAUGCCACCGCCACCAAUCUUCUCUUUCUUGUUCACCAGCCAUCCUUUUCCUCUAAUUAUUCUAGGUCGUUGCUUUCUUUCUACACUUUUAUUGUUGUGUGAACUAUUCCAUCUUAAUUGUGAGAGUGGAUUUUUUUUUUUUUUCUUUCUGUUUUCUCUAUUUGUACUUGUGUUUUGUAUAAGCUAGUAAGCUUAAAUAUAUGAAUGUUUCUUGGGUUUCUCGUGA